UCAUCAAUUUCUUGUCUCUUCUUCCAAAGUAACACCUUAAAUUCAAAACCUUUCUAUUUAUAUGCAUUCAUUCAUAUAUUUGCUAAAACCACAAACCAUAGAGCAAUUGAAAGAGAAGAUCAAGGAUCACAAAGAGUGAGUGAAGAUGUCAGAUUGGGGGCCAGUUUUUGUGUCAGUGGUGCUCUUCAUUCUCUUGACUCCUGGUUUGCUUAUUCAAAUACCUGGUAAAGGCAAGAUGGUGGAGUUUGGGAGCUUUCAAACUAGUGGAUUGUCCAUAGUUGUUCAUUCUAUUAUCUACUUUGCUUUAGUUUGUAUUUUCAUGUUAGCUAUUAGAAUCCAUAUGUACAUGGGGUGAUUAAUUAUCUCACUACAUGUUUUUAUGUAUACAAUGAUUUUUCAGUGUUU